UACUUUAAAAAGCGAUUAUUAUAGGUCAGUCACUUGACUAAAGUCUAACUAAACACGAGGGUACCAUACAUUACUAAUAGCUUGAUUUUCUCAAAUAGUCUGAAACUUUCUACUAGAGGUACAUUGAUAAAAAGCAUCAUUUUCUCAGGCAUUGCUUCUGGUAUGCAUUGCUAUAAAGAUUUUUCCUUUGUUGCAAAGUUUUCCUUGCCUUUCUCUGGACUUAUUUUUGGAAUUAACAGGAUUUUCUCUUCUUGUCAUUUGCUAUAAGCUGCAAAGACAUUUAUUAUGUUGACGACUUUUUUGUCAUUGUAUCUACAAUUCCUUUUGACAGAACCUACGUCAUAAAAAUCUAACCUACCUAGAAGCAGGAGCUACUUUUACUGGUUUUGAUCUUUGUAACAUACUUUUUAUGCAACUAGCACCGACACAAAUCAUUUUAACAAUCGGUCCUUGAAAAAGAGAGGGUGUAAAGAGGCAAACUGAUAUCAGUAGCGAAUUGAAUAUUGCAUCAGAGAAUGCUUAUCUACCCACAAAAAUUGCAUUGGUUGGACUUCCCAGCAUGUGUCAUUAGUCGGGUGUAGCAACAUUUCAAGUAGCUGUGUUUCACUAUCAAGCUACUAUUUGUCAUAUAUUAAAUUUUCGUUUCAUAGCUUCUCUGAAAAGCAGAUGCAAUUUUCUGUUAUUUUGACAGUUCAGUUUGCUCCUAUUUUCAAAGAAAACGUCUACUUUUAUUUUAGAGUAUUGAUCCUAUGAGCGACUAUUUACCUUUAAUCGUAUCAUGUUUUUGCAAAAGCAGAUGCAGCUGUAUUUGCUUGUAUAUGAUUGUUAUAUCGAAUGGCAAGAAAGUCUUUGCUUUUGGAUAACGUGUAUCUUUUAGAAAAGAAAACUGUUUACUUUUAGCAGAAAGGCCUUGCACGCAUGCAGCCAUAAGACCAAGACUCUUGAUAUCAUGAGUAAUUUUCUUCUUGCACUGCAGAGUUUUCAAAUUUAAUUUUGGUUUGAGUUUUCUGAGGCAAAUCUUUUUUAAUCCGGUCGUCAUUGUCAUCAGCUAUUGUCCCUGCUUAUUGGUUAAGGAAUAUUAAUAAUACCGGACCUUGGUAGUAUAUUGCUUCGCGUGGAUAUCAUUUGAUUAUUUCAUGCUGCUCUGGUGCUAGAAAAAUAUGUCCUUGGCGAGCUGGUAUGAUAUAAACAUAAUCAUAUUCUUGACCAUCGACUCGAUUGUUGCCCUCCUGACAUCGAUCCUCAAUGGAACAUUCAUUGUAACUUUGGUAAAAACACCUUCCUUGCACACACCUUCACAUAUGAUUUUUGGUGCUAUGAGCAUGUGCGAUUUCCUUGUUGGCAUUUGUGGACACCCUCUAUGGCUAGAAGAUUAUGGGAAAAGACUCAACAGCAUUGACAAGAGCCCAACAAACAAAUACAAACGAUAUGUAUUGGCGUUUUUAAUGGUGUCCUCUCUUCUUUAUAUGACUUGCAUUAGCAUAGACAGAUACAUUGCUGUCGUCCACCCAUUUUGGUUCCAUGAACAUGCUACAUGCAAAACGCACAUUAUUGCCUCUGUUUUGGUUUUGUUUGCCACUAUUCCAAUAGUUGUUGUCCAUUUUAGUGUUAAUUUUCCAAGCACAAGUUUACUAAUGUUGGGUUUGCUGCCCGUUUUGUACUGCAACUGGAAACUUUUUAGAGUAAUUAGAAGGCAAAGCAAACAAAUAGCUCAGAUUGAGAGAGCACCUAACAUUACUGAGAGACAGCAAAAGCAAAGAAAAGAAAAUAAAGACAAGGCAUAUGUGAUGUUGGUCGUUGUAAUUGCCUUCUGUGUUUCAUUUGCUCCGAUAGUCGUGAAAAACAUUUUGGAAUCAGCAGAUUUCUACAAGGAUGUGAAAGAGUUUGUUGAUCCUUGGGCAGAGUGUUUUGCAUUGGCAAAUAGUCUUGUAAACCCGUUGAUAUACUACGCAAGAAUGAAAGCAUUUCGCAAAGCAGCUAAAGACUUAUUUCAUCGCGAGGUAUAGUUUCAAUACGAGUCUUGCCAUAUUUUUGAAAUGUCAAUGUUGUGAGAUGACUGGAGGCUCUUGUGAAUAAGGAAUUCGGGUGGCAGUUAAGCAUCAAGGGUAUAUUGAAAGAUUAUCUUGGAAUCUUACCUUUAUAAGUCAUCUUCAACUGCAAAAUCUACAUUAAUUGAUGAGUCAAAUCUUAGCAGCCAGAACCUCGAGACUUGUAACGCAGUUUGCAUUGUAUCAAAGGAGUUUGAUUGCUCUUUUCAAAGACAUUUGGGCAAUGACAAAGUUUGGUUAAUGCUUUUUGCCUGAAAAUUAAAAUGAGACAUACCUAGUUGUUAAUUGAAAUUAUUCACUUGAAAUUUCAAAUAGAAUUGUAUGUAUUCUGUAUUCUGUUAUUCUGUUUUCACAUUGCUGUUUACGUUUUGUUGUUUUUAUGUUUAAAUAUUAGUUGAGUCGAAAUCUAGGGUCCCGUGACAACUUUUAGGAUAACUUGUUUUGAAAGUUGAUUUUGGUAUUUCAAAGUACGCUCUUCAAAAUGAGCUUGGGUACAUUUUGAUUUUUGAUGGUCGUUAGCCGGAAAUGACGUCAUAAAAUAUGCACCUGUAAAAUCAUUUUUACGGUUAUAACUCAAGACAAGUAAGUCAAAUUCAUUCAAAAUACACAUCAUUCGACUCCUCGUGAGGAAUGCUUUCGAAUGAUGUACAUCAAGUUAUAUUUUUAUGAUAUCAGCAAUUUAUGCUAUGACGUCACUGAAGGUCGAUGACGUCACAGACAG